AUGGGUCGCUUUGGUUUCCUGUCUCUUGGUUUGCUCUCUCUUCAGGCCUUUAUUGGCAAUGGUCUCGCCGCAGACACUGCUGAGAAGGCUGAAGAAACUGCGGCCCCUCAGAUCUCUAUCUCGGCGGAAGCAUCCUUCCCUGCCUCUGAGAUCUUUGGCGUGAAGCUCGUCAAUGGCCACCCAACUCAGGCGCUGAUCACUUUCACCAAUGAUGAGCCUGCCCCCGUUACGGUCAACUUCAUCGGUGGUACUCUGUCGACUCUGGAUGAGGAGCAGAGCCAGGUGGUCCGAAACUUGACCGCUACCAGCUACGGUGUCGAGAUUCCUGCUGGCCAGAAGGAAAGUCUGAGCUACAGCUUCGCGACCGAAAUGCACCCUCAGGACCUGAGACUUAGCCUCGCCUCUAUUGUCUCCGAUGCUGAGGGCCAAUUCUACACUGUCUACUCCUACAACAGCACCGUCAGCGUUGUGGAGCCGGAAACCAGCAUCUUCGACCCUCAGAUUAUCUUCCUGUACUUCUUCCUCCUGGCUUGCUUCGGUGGCGUUGUCUACUUUUUCUACACCGUCUGGAUCGCACCAUACUUCCCUCAGAAGCGCGCUGGAAAGGGCUCCGAGUACAACAAGAAGUCCUCUGGCGCAUCGAAGAAGGCUGAGUCUGCUCCUGUCGAGGGUGCUAGCAGCCCUGCCGUCUCAUCUGCCACUACCUACAACGCCGACUGGAUCCCCGCCCACCACAUCAGCCGCCCUGAAGCCAGAAAGGUCAAGGGCAGCGCCAAAUCUAAGAACCGUGCUUAG